AUGAAGGGGCUAUUUUGGAACAUCAAGGGAGUGGCCAAUAGGAGGGCUCGCGUUGCGAUUCGCCUUCUGGUUCGCGAACAUAGACCGAUGUUCUUAUGUAUUGCAGAGCCAAAAAUUAGGCCUGAGAAAUGCCCAGUUGGUUUCUUUAGUUCACUGGGUUAUUGCAGGGAGUUUAUUAGAAAUGAGAGGGCUAGUGGGGCACCUAACCUUUGGUUCUUCUGGAGGGAGGGGGUUACUCGGCCAAUGGUAUUGGUUUCGACGGAGCAGCAUAUUUCUAUGAGUUUGGAGGUGCAUGGAAUUCGAUGUUUUAUCUUAGUGGUGCAUGCUCACUGCAGGAGAGUGCAGGGACAGCAAUUGUGGUGCGACCUAUGCUCCAUAGCUGGGUCGGGGCUGCCUUGGUUAGUACUUGGUGACUUCAAUGUGUACCUUCUCUCAAGUGAGAAGCGGGGUCCUGGCCGUUUUAGUGUUGGAUCGGUUGAAGACUUUGCUGCCUUUAUUGAGUCUGCGGCCCUAGUGCCCUUGCAUUCAACGGGGAGGAAAUUUACGUGGUCGAACAACAAGAGGAGCGGCAAUGUGAGAGCGGUUCUUGAUCGUGGCUUGUGUAAUGAAGAAUGGUUAGAAUCCUUCCCAGGCAGUGCACAGCAGGUGCUGGUGAGUGGAUAUUCGGACCAUGCCCCAUUAUUAGUGGAUUGCAAUGAUGUGCCUAGGCCGCAAAAUGUACCCUUUUCGGAUGAAUCGGUUUUGGACAGAGCAUGCAGAUUUUCAGGAGGUGGUGAGAGCUUCGUGGGAGGUGCCAGUGAGGGGAAUGCCCAUGUUUAUUGUGGGGCAGAGAUUAAAAAGGCUGAAGAACCCGCUUCAGGGGGCUUUGAGGAGAUUACUGCCAGAAGGGAUUAUGAAGCUGCAGUGGGGCUGCAGGAAAAGCUUUGGGCUGAAAAGUUGAGAGAGAAGUGGUUGAAACAUGGGGACCGGUGUUUUAAGUUCUUUCACUUAUCAACUAAGCUUCAUAGGGCCAAGAGUCUCAUUCGUGAGCUUCAUACUGAUGCAGGGGUGGUAGUCACUGAUAGCAUGUUGAUAGGGCAGCAGGUGGUAAGCCAUUUUGAAUCCUUUCAUAAGAAAGGGGUAUCGGUUCAGCAUGAUCAGCUCCUUUAUGUGAUACCGACGUUAAUUUCUCCAGCUGAUAAUGAGGUUUUGGUGGUUGUUCCUUCAACGGGAGAGAUCAGGCAGGCAGUGAUGGACUUGGAUCCCUCUAGUGCACCAGGCCCAGAUGGCUUUCUAGGUGCUUUUUUCAGAGUGGAGAAUGCUAGGAAAGUGGGGCAAUUUCGCCCUAUUUGUCUUGGCAACUUCUUCUUUAAGGUCAUUCCUAAGAUUCUUGCUUCUCGAUUGGCACCUUUACUUCCAAAGUUGACUUCAGAAGAACAGGGAGCAUUUCAGAAGGGGAAAAUUAUUUUCUCAAAUAUUGGGGUUGCAUCGGAGCUGACAAAUAUGAUGAAGGCAAAAAGUUUUGGGGAAAGCUUGGGGCUUAAGCUGGAUGUACAAAAGGCCUAUGACACACUGGAAUGGCAAUUCUUAUUUGAUGUCCUGGAGAAAUUUGGGUUCCAUGCGAAAUGGAUUUACUGGAUCCAUCAGAUUCUUGAUUCUACAAGGCUAUCUAUCUUGAUUAAUGGUGGGCAGGUACAACCAUACCAGCAGCAGAGGAUUAUCGAACUAAGUUGGGCUUCCCCUGUCCAGGAUGAAGUCAAACUAAAUAUAGAUGGGUGUUCUCUUGGGAAUCCAGGGCGUACAGGAGCGGGAGGAGUUCUUUGUGAUCAUGAGGGUAAUCCCAUGAGAUGUUUUGCGAGCUAUGCAGGUGUGGGAUCAAAUUUCUAUGCUGAAUUUGAAGUUUUCUUUGUAGGAAUCCACCAUGCGAUGUCCUUGCAUGUGGAAAACCUAUGGGUGGAAUGUGACUCUCUUGCAGUAGUGAGUUGCAUAACAGAGCAGGGUAUUCCAUGGAUAUUUCAACAAAGAUGGUGGCACUACAAGAGAUACCUUGAUAGCAUCACGUGGAAGGUUACACACUGUUUCAGGGAGGUGAACACGGUGGCGGAUAGGCUUGCAAAUCAUGUAGCCUCUACUUCAUCUAGCAAUGUGUGGGAAAGUCCCCCGAGUUUCAUAAUGAGUGAAAUUACGAGGGAAGCCUUAAAAAGACCAAGAUACAGAUUCUUGUAA